ACCACGAGUGCGCGCAACAGAGGGCUGUGCACUCGCGCGUUCAAGUAUUUGUACCCACAUGCUCGCUGAGCUCAGUCAGCGUUUGACUCAGUAGUGGCAGAAGGGAUCCAGGAUUUCCACUUGUUAGUAAACUCCACGAUAGCGAAAUCAAGUGCAUCCCUUCAGCCAACAUGUCAAAGUUGGAUCAGAUCCUUAUCCUCGACCCUCCGUCUGACCUCAGAUUUAAAGGCCCUUUUACAGAUGUAGUCACCACCAACCUCAAACUGAGGAACCCUUCUGACAGAAGAGUGUGUUUCAAAGUGAAAACGACAGCACCACGUAGGUACUGCGUACGGCCAAACAGCGGUGUCAUCGAUCCUGGAUCAAGCGUCAACAUCUCUGUCAUGCUACAGCCCUUUGACUAUGACCCCAAUGAGAAAAGUAAACACAAAUUCAUGGUGCAGACGAUUUUCGCCCCGCCAAACGUCACCGACAUGGAAUCAUUGUGGAAAGAUGCAAAGCCAGAUGAUCUCAUGGACUCCAAGCUGAGAUGCGUCUUUGAGCUGCCAUCUGAAAAUGAUAAAGUGAAUGACGUGGAGGCGACCCGAGCCGCCCCCAUGAUGAACUCCGUGAAGGCGGAGUCGUCGGCAGCCGCGGUGCCUGUCGCUGCCGGAGCGGACGACGUGGAGAUGAAGAAAGUGGUGGAGAAGUGCAAGAGACUGCAAGCUGAGUUGAACAAGCUGAGUGAGGAGAACCGGCAAUUAAAGGACGAAGGUUUGAGAAUGAGAAAGAUGCCCCGCUCAGACCACAUGACACCAAACUCGACCAGCCUGCUCGGUCGGGAAGCCAGCGCCGCCUCCCUACCAUCCCUCCUCGUUGUCAUAGCAGCCAUCUUCAUCGGAUUUUUCAUAGGGAAGUUCAUCUUGUAGACUGGGAGAAGCAUGCCAGCCGUAUCCCACGCAUCGGCUCUGGAAUUUAAAAAAAAAAAAAAAAAAAAACGGAAAAAAAAGAAAAGGAAAAAGGCCUGGAAAAACCGAGAAGUCUUUCUGUUGACUUUUGCCAUAUCAUUGGUAGUGUGGCCUACAGUGAACACAUCUGUACAGUAUCAUUUGAAGGCGCCGCCUUUUUACAAUCUCACACAGUUAGUAUGCACAGAGUUGAGUGAGGAAAGGCGACAAAAAGCGAUUGCUCCCCCCCUUUUUUUUUUCUCCCUUCUUCUUUGUUUUGUUUUUUUUCUUUGCCUGUAUAAUCCAGAUAUCCAGUGUGGUGGGACAAUGAAAGUUGUAUACUAUCAGUCAACAUGGAAGAUGCACCUAGAGUUAACCAUGGGCAAGAAGCACUCAAAAGAAUAAUAUCUCUCUCUCUCUCUCCCCCCUCCCUCCUUCUACUUCUGUUUUUAAUAGGAAUUGAAUGGAAUGUUAGGUGUCUUGUAAAUGUCGUUUUAAAUCCUUUUAAACAAAAAAGGAAAGAACUUCCAUCAUAAAGACGUUGCUACCUGUUGCUGGAUUGCCUCUGAAGUAAAAUCUGUUCGGUUUGUAAUUUCUUCUACUUGUGUUGGAAUGUUCAGGCCCAGCUGGGGAUAUAGGUGCCUCCUUCUUGUACAUUUGUCUUGAUCUCACAAUACAAAUACAGACUUAUUAUUAUUAUUAUUAAUUAUUAUUGUUAUUAUUAUUAUUAUUGCUACUACUACUAUACAAAUCGUAUAUCCUUCUGAGGCAGUUAUUGACUGAAAUAACGUUUCCAUUCUUAAAGUCCUGUCAAAGGUAUUCAACAUUGAAAAAUAAAAAUGAAAAAUGUGGUUUUCAUA